UGCCUGGCGCACGAGGAGAUUGUUGUGUUGCUGGUGUUGUUCAUAGUGUGAAGGGCUGGAGGAGAGAGCAAAGAGGAGACUGAGCAGGGUGGCUUUACACACCCCGCUGCCUUACUGUCUGGUAGAUGUGUGGCUCAAGUGUUCGAGGUAGGCAACACACACACUCUCGCUUUGACUCACACACUCAAGUUUUUCGUGGCGGUGUGCAGACGUGAUGAGUAUAUGAGUGCUCGAAGGGAUCCUGAUGAGGCCUAAGGUCAUCUCCGACAGUCUCAAGGACGUGGCAGAGGGGGAGCAGUGCGGCGCCGGCAAGGGAUGGACGAUGAGUUUGCCCCGCUGCCCAAUGGUGCGGCUCAGGGUGUGUCGCUUCACCUUCAGGGGUCUGGUGUUUUUCACGGUGGCGGUGGCGCUGCUGUAUGGUUUCCUGCUCAUGGAUGGGGCGCGAUCUGCAGGAAAGCCACCCUGGCUGGAGCUCAACACCUGCUCGCCGAGGAACAACGUCGCCUUUCUCAAAACCCAUAAGUGUGCGUCCUCCGCCAUCCAGAACAUUCUCUUCCGCUAUGGCGACAAACACAACCUCCACUUCGCACUGCCGGUCACGGGGAACUACUUUGGCGGUGGAAGACACAUUUUUGAAGCUGGUAUGGUCCGGUUCUCGCCCUUCAACAAGGUGACGCCCAACAUCUUCGCCAUUCACACCAAGUGGAACUACGAGGAGGUGAAAAAAGUCAUGCCUGAAGACACCGUCUACUUCACCAUUGUCAGGGAACCCACGGCCCUCUUCCAGUCCCUCUUCGAUUACGCCAGUAUUGGGGAAAGAGCAGGCGGCCUGACGCUGGACGAGUACGUGAGGCGGAACCUCAUUGACGCCAGCAGAACUGACGGCUACGUGGGCUACAACCAGAUGACCUGGGACCUUGGGAUGCCGCUGGAGGACAUGAGCAACCUUACUGCCACCCGUGAACUGGUGCGGCGGGCAGACGCGCAGUUCGGGCUGGUGCUGGUGGCGGAGCGGAUGGACGAGUCGCUGGUGUUGCUGGCCAAGUACCUGUGCUGGGAGCUGCGCGACGUGCUGGUGCUGCGGGUCAACUCCCUCAGGGACGAGUUCAAGUCUUCCAUCAGUGAGGAGUCGCGGCAGGCGCUGCAGCAGAGGCUCGCCCCGGACUACCUGCUGUACAACCACUUCUUGGAAAGGUUUGACCAGCAGGUGGAGGCGUUCGGGCGGCGCAGGAUGGCGGCGGAGGUGGCCAGGCUGCGGGAGCUGAUGGCGCUGCUCGUCACCACUUGUAACUUCGUUAGGAAGGAAGCCUCGGGUCUCAGUGGGAAGCAGAAGCCGUGGUCCAAUAAGGUGGACGGGUUCCAGGCUGGAGAGGCAGGGGGAAGCUGCGGCUCGUACACCCUCGCUGAGUUUCACUUCCUGGAUGCGCUGAGGAACAAGCAACAGAAGUUCAUAGAGAAAAAGUUUGGACUUCCGCCGGGGCCUCCCAUCGGCGCCAUACCUCUGGGAGCGCAGGCGAUCGGGAAGCUGAACCCCAAAAAGAUGCGGAAAAGUUUAGCACCAAAGAAGAUGGGAAGUGACAGAAAAAGUGCUGCGGGCGGCGAGUGAAGGGAGCAAGGAUGAGAAGGGAGGGAGGGAGGGAGGGAGG